AUGGCCGCUGCAUGCCAACCCGCACAAGUCCUCUCCUUAGUGGAGGACAUCAAACUGCUUGCUUCAUCGCCAAAUGCAUGUUCAGCACAGUCACACUUCCACCUGCUUGGGCUGGUGGAUCAAUUGAAGCUGGCCGUCGAGACUCCCACCGAGACUGCAUUGCGACUGAUCUACCAGCCUCCUCAAAACGCAGCUCUUCGCACUGUCAUCGACCUGGGCCUUUUCCAGCUGCUUGUGAAACAUCCCGACGGGCGGUCGGCGAAGGACUUGGCGGUUCGCUCGGGCGCUGAAAAAGCCCUCAUCGUGCGCUUAAUGCGCGUCAUGACGGCUCUGGGUCUGUGUGCCAGCUACGAGCCCGAAGUGUAUUUUCCUACCGACAAGACAAAGGCCAUGACCGAGCCUAUUGGACGCGACGGCGUACCCUGCAUAUACGACUUGACAAUGCCGACGCUGAGCAGGCUCCCCGAGUACUUCCGUGAGCACAACUACACGACGCCGAAGGAGUACUCACGCUCCCCAAUGCGGUGGGCUGUGGGACAAAGUCAAUUCGAAUGGCUGGCGCAACGUAAGGAGCACCAGGCCCUGUUCAACUCGUACAUGGCCAGCAGGCGCCAAGGGCGGCCGUCUUGGUUCGACAUAUACCCUAUCGAGCGUCUUGCGGAGCAAGCGAUUGACCAUGAUGACGCGGUUUUCGUUGUCGAUGUCGGUGGGAAUCAAGGCCACGACCUCAUGCGAUUCCGCGAGAAACAUCCCGAAGUGCCGGGCCGCCUGGUUGUUCAGGAUCUCCCCAAGGUGGUCUCGGCGCCGCAAGGGAAGGGCAUUGAGCCGAUGGCCUACAGUUUCUUAGAUCCCCAGCCUGUUAAGGGAGCUCGAGCAUACUACUUCCGCGCCAUCUUCCACGACUGGCCCGACUACAUCUGUCAGAAGAUUCUGCUCAACACUGUCUCCGCCAUGGACGAGGAGUACUCGCGCCUCAUCAUUGUAGACUUCGUGCUCCCGGACACCGACACGCCGCUCAUGCAGGCGUCGCUGGACAUCCAGAUGAUGAGCAUCGGGUCGGGGAUUGAGCGGUCCGAGCAACAGUGGAGGGAGCUGUUAGAUCAGGCGGGAUUGGAAAUCUCGGGGAUUUGGAGUAAGAGCCCGGGCAUGGAGUCGGUGAUUGAGGCAGUGCCACGGCGUUCGAUAGUGGAGUAG